ACACAAGAGCAGAAAACUCCAUCGAUUCUCAUCCUGCAGCGUUGCCAAGCGAUGUAGAGAUACUUCUGCUCUGAACACCUACUUUGAACAAAAAUACUUUAUUUCUUUAACUGCGUUAAAAAAACUUAACAAAGAUGAUUUCUGCAUGUCUGGAGAUGAUUGGACUUGGCUUGAGCGUCACCGGGACCCUUUUGGUGAUGGUGGCUUGUGGGCUGCCCAUGUGGAAAGUGUCCGCCUUCAUCGAGAGCAACAUCGUGGUGGCGCAAAACAUCUGGGACGGGCUGUGGAUGUCCUGUGUGGUCCAGAGCACGGGUCAGAUGCAGUGUAAAAUGCAUGACUCCGUCCUGGCGUUGACCACUGACCUCCAGACCGCUCGGGCUCUGACGGUCAUUUCAGCAGUUUUGGGUGUCCAGGCUCUGAUGAUAACCAUCGCCGGUGCUCAGUGCACCAACUGCAUCAGUACAGAGUCCAUCAAAGCCAAAGUAGUCAACGUUGGAGGGGUUAUAUACAUCAUCGCCGGCUUGUUUGUGCUGGUGCCUCUGUGCUGGAUUGCCAAUAACAUCAUCUCGGACUUCUAUGACCCUCAAGUGCCUUAUGCAAAGAAGAGAGAAAUUGGAGCUGCGCUCUACAUCGGAUGGGCAGCGUCUGCCAUGCUUCUACUCGGAGGAGUGAUCCUGUGUUGCUCUCGUCCACAUGAUGAGAAAUCCUCGUAUCCUCUUAAAUAUUUAUCUCCACCUACAAAAAGCACAUCAAUCAAUGGGGACUACGAUAAACGAAACUAUGUGUGAAGCUCAACGUUCAACCAUGGAACUGUGCAUAUGGACUUUCAAGGCUGUAAACUUUAAUAUUUGGCUAGUUCAUCAAUAAUUGUAUUUUUCAUUCAAAAACAAUAUAUAAGGUUCAAAUAUAUAUAUAUAUAU